AUGUCUCAGUCCUGGGAAGACAGAAGAGGUCUCUUCCAACGAGGCAAAGAAAUCCACGAGCCAGGACGUAAAUUGUCCGGCAGCGCGGGAGCAGGCGGCGUGAUGGACGCCGUCCGAAGAGCCUCAACAAGCAGUGGAAACAGCGGCAACCUGGUCGACAAACCACUCUCCAAUGACCCAGGCUCCCCAACUUCUCCAACAAGCCAGAGACGUCGAGUAAGCAUUGGCCCUUUUCCAGAGCUCCUCAUGCUCCGUGCUGACAUAUCGGAUGAAUCCUAGUCUUCCACGGCAUCCGGCGGCCUCUUCUCCAAUCUUCAACACCACAAACGCGGCAGCGAAGAUUAUGCCAACCGCCGUGCGUCUCAGACAGAAGCUUUGGGCACAGGCAAUGGUCUUGUGAGCGGAUGGUGGAAUUCUACAUUUCGGGGUAUCAAGAAGCCGAACAAUCUGCCCGAGGCCGCGGAUUCCAAGAAAGGCGUGAUGGAGUGA